AACUCAUCGAAGGUCAUCCAUACCUACAACAUUCCACGGGGAGGCUUUGCAGCGCCGUGAACCGUUCACUCCAUUUGGCGCCUGGCACGCACUGGUCGCAAUGCAUGCAAGGCCCGGCCCGCCACCGGUUCGAGUGUGAAGGAGAUGAAACGAUUGCCACAAAACCGGUGCUCAGGCAAAGACGCGCGCAUGUUCAAUGCUGAGAGAUCUUUUUGUGUUUCAUGUGUGGUGCGCCACCAAACCGUCUCGGCGGGGAUAUGCUCCAUUUGGUGGGUUCAGUUUAAGUGAAGGAGACCCACGAACACGUUUAGCUCGUAGCUAGUGCCGUCAGUUGUGCUACGGAGUGCUCGGUGAACAGAUCGGUUUUAUGCAUUGGUGUGUUUUAAGCUAAGCCUGAUCGUGCUGAACGGAUAUGGCCACCGAAGUGCCCUACUUUACGAACGCCGAAAAUGGCUACGUCCCGGCCAAGUUGGCCCACCGAAGCGCGGCCAGUAGCCAGCCGCUUCGAUUGCUUCGUUUCGUCGUUAACCAUGUCAUACCGGACACGGUAAAGUUCCUGCUGCAGCUGAUCCCACUCGCGCUCAGCGGUCUGGUUGGGCUCGUGCUGCCGAGCAAGAAGAAAUCAAUCCACGGCCACACCGCCCUCGUUACCGGCGGUGCAAACGGUUUGGGGCGGGCGCUAUGCCUUCGAUUGGCCCGGGAAGGCUGCCAGGUAGCCGUGGUCGAUAUCGAUCUGGCCGGAGCGCAACGGACCGUAGAAGACGUGCGCGCGCUCGGCGUGAAGGCGGAAGCUUUUCUGGCCGAUAUUGCCAACUACGAGGCGGUAGAACGGUUGCGGCUGGAGGUUGAAUCCAAGCUUGGCCCAGUGGACGUGCUGGUCAACAAUGCUGGCCUGCUGGCGGUGCUUUCGCUCAGCGAAGGCAAACCGGCCGACCUGGAGCGCAUCGUUAAUGUUAAUCUACUGUCGCAUUUCUGGACCAUCCGCACGUUCAUCGAUGGAAUGAAGCAGCGCCAGCGAGGACACAUUCUUGCCGUCAGCUCAAUACUGGGUUGUUUACCAAUGCCGCGGACCGUCUCCUACGUUGCUACCAAGUUUGCAAUACGCGGGAUGAUGCAGGCAUUACAGCGCGAGCUAACGAUGGAUGGUUUCGGGGAGAAAAUUGUAGCCACUACCCUAUUUCCAACCUUCAUCGCCACCAGAAAGGAACUAAUGGAUCUGUUGAGCGAAUUAAGCUUGGACGAAAAGCUGGCCAUUCUGACGCCUGAAAAUGUGGCAGACUCUGCUAUCGAAGGAAUGUUAAGGGGACAGGUCGACGUCUAUGCCGCACCAUUUUUCAUCCGGUUAUUCAUGUAUCUAAGCGGAAUACUUCCUUAUGCACUAACCAGUUUACUGAUUCAAACAAUAAUGGGAAAAGUUCCAACGCUGAUGGACAGGACCAAGAAAAAUUCGAGCGCAGAAUGAGAAAAUUUCAAAGUAUUUCCAAGAAUGAUAGUUGGCGUCAACAACAAUCAACGUUUUCGAAAUGUGAGGUGUUUCCUUUACGAAAUGUAGAGUUCCUGAAAAUCAAUUUUCUUAUCGAAAGAAAACAAAACAAACGCCUGUUUGAUCGGUGACACAGUACAUUUGUAUAAUAUAAUCGUGGGUUAAGACACACCGUCCAAUAGAGUUGCGCCGUAUAGCCAACAUCGAAGAUAAUCGAUGAAAAGUCCGUACUAAAAAAAAUCUGUUGCACGGCAAUUUUGUUUACGUUAAGUGUCUUGGACAUUGAACCCAUGACGGGCAUGUUUUUAAGAGAUAUUGAAACUACUUCAUACAUAAACUACUCACAGGCUGAUCGACACUGAGACUGAAAACAUUUCAAGUAUAAAAUUUAGGUUAUAAACACUGACUUUUGCCCAAUUUGAAUAGUUUGAAACAUUCUACGACCAGUUAUAAUCUUGAUGAAGUAUAACAUUUUUAAAACGUGUCAAAUUCCAUUUUAUGAUUCAAAACUUGGUCAUAUCAAAUAAAUUCUUAGUUGAUGAAUAGGUA